ACUCAAGCGGUAGUAAACGAAACGGUGAAAUUUCUGUGGAGGUAUCACGCAAAAGAGACGGAUGUCCUUUUGAAAUGGGGAAUCUCAGAGCGCAUUUCACCCAAAGUGUAUUCAUUUUAUAAAGUGUUUUUUUUCUCGACCAGAGCGAAAAAUGCUAAAUCACACAGACCACCGGUUAUGUCAGAACAAAUUCCAGAACGAUAUAAACAUCGGGUUAGGAUCGUUAAUCAGGCAACUUUGCAGAUCGUCAACGUUACGAUUGAAGAUGAGGGGGACUACCUUUGUGAAAUAAGCGAUUACCCAGCUAAAUGGAAAACAUUAUCAAGAGUCGUCAAAUUGCAUGUACUUGUUCCACCAAAAAUCGUUAGCCAUCCUCCAGACACACGGCUACUCCGCGAAGGUGAAGAAAUAAGAUUGGGUUGCAACGCUACCGGAAGGCCCAUUCCAGAGGUCAGCUGGUACAAUGGUAGCAUCGAGUUAACGAAAGGUGUCAAGAAAGAUAAAGGCUCAGCCGAAUAUAUAAAUCCCAAGGUAUCGAGAUGGGACAAUGGAAAUUACAAAUGUGUCGCGAAAAAUAUUGCUUCUCAAGUCGAGUAUACUGUCGAGGUUAUAGUACGAUACACACCAUUUCGUACGAAAAUCAAAAUCGAUGCAAAAAGUGACACGUUGGAAAGGGGCGAAGAUCUCAAGAUUGUUUGUGAAGCAUGUUCUAAACCACCUCCGAUAUUCAAUUUAUACCACUACAGUGAAGUCGGCGUAAUGACAGAGAUUGUAAAGGUUCAAAAUAACACUAAGGGAGAGUUCUACAUCAGAAACAUUAAACCAAGCCAAAGAGGGAAAUAUUCUUGCGUGCCGCAUAAUGAUGUGGGGGUUGGUACAGAGGCAAUAGUUCGCGUACGUGUACGAUUUUCUCCAGUGAUAAAGAGAAUUGCAGCUAGGAGGACGAAUUUGACGAAGGGCGAGAAUCUCGUGAUCUGGUGUGACACAGAGGGCUAUCCUAUACCUCGAAUCAAAUGGACAAAUAAAUAUGGAAGAAUCAUUAGUAACGAUCGCACCUUCCGAAAGAAUAACGUUAAUGAAAACGACGACGGACUUUAUACCUGCACAACAAAUAAUGGUAUUUCUCCCAGCGCCAACAAAAGUGUCUAUAUUAACGUCUUUUACAGACCAGUCAUCGACCUCCAAAAGUCAUCAGGUUCGAAACAUGCACUAAAAGGUGAUACAGUUUUUCUCAGAUGCAAUGCUACUGGUAAUCCAACACCGACAUACGAGUGGAGAAAAGGGUCCAGUGUGAUUGCUAGUAAACCUAGCACAUCUCUUGAUGGUUUAAAAAAUGCUGAUUUUGGAAAGUAUACGUGCUUUGCGCGCAAUUUUGUUGGAGUUACAACUCAUGAGGUGAAAGUUUUCAGAAUUGAUAAACCGUCGAUUACUGAAUUAAAUGCUACGGAGCUGAAUUCAAGGUUUGUGCAUAUUCAGUGGAAGAUUCACGGGGACACCCAGUUCCCUAUUAAAAAACAGGAGCUAGUGUGUAUCUCGAAAAAAAACAACGCUGUAAUGGUAAAUAAAACGAUGACAGGGCACAGAAGAUCAGAGAAAAUUAAAGACCUCAAACCCUUCACUACGUACGAGGUUCGCCUAAAAGUCUGGAAUAAAUAUGUUCCGAGUGACCCAAAAAAACUUAAAUUUCAAACGAAGACAGCAACUCCUGGUCCUCCUGGGCAACCACGAAUUCAAUUUCUUGACACCACGUCAGUCCGUGUUACCUGGGAUCCGCCAAAGGAAACCAAUGGAGAAUUACUCCAAUACCGCUUGUUCUACAGGAUCGCAAAUGAUUCCUCGACGGAGAAAUUAAACAACGUGAACGGUUCCGAAACCUCGCUCAAAGUCGUCUUAAAACGUAACGUGGAGUACAUAUUCAAAGUGAAAGCAGUCACAAGUUCUGGCCCAGGGCAGUUUAGUAGAGAAAAAUACUUCUUAAUGGUCUACCAAGGUAUAGAAACGACGAAGACCAGCAGCCAUUUGUGUAAAGUCUGUUUGUUUUACUCAUUGUGGUUGCAAGCAUUGACAAAAUAUUACAAAAUUUUAUAAUCAAAAAACAAAAGA